UCUCUCACAUUCAUUCAUUCUUGCUUUCUCUCUCUUUCUAGUUAGUUUGCUUUCUUACUGGCAUACUCAACCCUUUCUUGUUAGGUUGGUAGGCUCUUUCAUUUUUUAUUUUUUAUGUGUAUAAAGCAAGAAUCAUGACGGGUUCUUCUUCUAAAGGAGGGAAUAAUAGUUAUGAUUACUCUUUCAAGAUUUUGUUGAUUGGAGAUUCUGGUGUUGGCAAGAGUAGUAUCCUUCUCAGUUUCAUUUCCAAUUCUGUUCACGAUCUUUCUCCUACAGUUGGCGUUGAUUUCAAGAUCAAGAUGGUCAACGUUGGUGGGAAGAGAUUGAAGCUUACAAUUUGGGACACAGCUGGGCAGGAAAGGUUUGGAACAUUAAUGAGUUCUUACUACAGGGGGGCACAUGGAAUUAUCCUUGUUUAUGAUGUGACCCGCCGAGAGACAUUCACAAACUUGUCAGAUAUAUGGGCAAAGGAAGUGGAGCUCUACUCCACUAAUCAAGAUUGUAUCAAAGUUCUUAUUGGAAAUAAAGUUGAUAAGGACAGUGAAAGAGCUGUAAGUAGGGAGGAGGGAAUGGCUCUUGCUGAGGAACAUAAAUGUUCAUUUCUUGAAUGUAGUGCUAAAACCAGAGAAAAUGUGCUGCAAUGUUUCAAAGAACUCAUAGUAAAGAUACUGGAGGUACCUAGUUUAUUGGAGAAGGGACCUGUAAUCAUCAAACAACAGAUUUUAAAACAGAAACCAGGAUACCAGGCACCACAUAAUGGUGGUUGCUGCUCCUAAUUAAAGGGCCACGAUGCCAAGGUAUGACAAACACAAGUACGAGCAAAACCAGUGGAAGAUCCCUGACCAUUUGUGCUAAUGGAAAUUGAAUGGCUAGUCUCUUGGACACUGUUCACACUCCAACGGUGUAUAUGAUGUACAUAGACUCUAAAGCUCGAUCGUGGUAGUAUGAUCAGUUCUAGGAAGUCGGUUCUUAACACCUUGUUCAUGUUAUUCUUCCAUUUUCAAUAUCCAGUUCAAUAUACUCUCUACAGCUGUUACAGGGACAUUUUUUUUUCCAUAGUAAUAUUAAGUUUGUGAGUGACAUGUAAAGUUAAUAGUUUAGUAUCAAAUGGUUAAUAGUUUUGUGCAAGUAGGAGAUGUAUACUUGAGGAAAAGCAGAUGUAUAAACAUUGCUGAAUGUGGGAAAUAAAUAUCUUUCUUUUGGCACCA